AUGCUUUUAUUAAUAACUAAUUUAAGUUGCGAUGUAAAUUAUGAUCCAAAUCAUUGUACUGGAUCAACAACAAAUAAUAAUAAUAAUGAAGCUAAUAAUAAUAAACAUAAAGGUUUACAACAAAAAUUUGAAGAAAAACAUCAGCAACAACAACAACAAAAAAUAUUAUCACAAAAUUUACGCUAUCGCAGGCAUAACAAUUUUGCUUUUGCUGGGUCGCUUGAUACAAUAUUAUACAAGUAUCCAAGAGAUCCCAAUUUUAUGUCAAAAUCCACUGCAGCAGAUACUGAACCAUCACAACAACAACAACAAAAACCUAAUCGUACUCGUCGACAUGUCAACAACAAUAAUCAAAAAGCAAUACCAACAAUAAAAUAUUAUAAUUCAACAGAAUUAAAUGUUUCUAGUGGAAAUAUGAUUUUUGAAGGAAUUAAUUUAAAUUAUACACAUGGAAAAAUGAAUGUAACUGGGACAACGUUUAUAUUAUCUGGAUUACCGCAUUAUUCUGAAUAUCAUAUUACAGUUUAUGCCUGUCAAAAUAUUAGUGCUCCGGAUAAUUAUUGUUCGGGAAGGCCAGCAUGGACAUCUGCUAGGACUUUGCCUAUACGUAAAAAACCUUUGGGAAUUUCUAAUAUUUUUUCUUCAAAAUUUUAG